AUGGACCCGGAAUCUCGUUCUCGAGAUGAGCGCGAAGAGCUGCUGGCGGCCGACGACCCGGACCACGAUGUGCUGUCCAAGGAGGGCGACGAGGCCCUGCUCCCGCGCCGGCCCGCCCCGCCCGGGCGCAGGCUGGGGUCAUCCAUAGCGAUGCUUUUGCUGGUCGCUUUUUCGCUCAUCCUACUCGGCGGCGCCGCCCUGUCGGGCAUGACGGUGAUGCAGACGGAGCCGCCUGCACCGCCGUCCCCGCCGGCAGCCGACGAUCCCGCCAAGGCGAAAACGCCGGAGGAGACCGGCAGAUCCGGGAUAUUACCCCCGGCCGACGCUUUUGAUUUGAGAAAGACCAACUUUCUUGUCACGGAUCAGGAUGCCCAGGUGCGCACGUGGGAGUUCAACAUUACGCGCGCCGAUGUGGAGGGCCCGGAUGGAGUUAAAAAGUCGAUGGUGCUUGUAAACGGACAGAGCCCAGGUCCGUUGAUUGAGGCCAACUCGGGUGAUUUGAUCAAGGUGGUUGUGCACAACUUUUUGCCCGGCGACGAGAGGACUACCAUUCAUUGGCAUGGGAUCGACCAGCGCGACAGCGUUCACAUGGAUGGAGUUUGGGGUGUCACUCAGUGCGGAAUUCCACCAGGCGAGAGCUAUACGUACGUUUUUGGUGUCCCAAACCAGCGAGGCACGUUCUGGUACCACGCUCAUGUAUCGGUGCAAUAUACCGAUGGAUUGUACGGCCCUAUGAUCAUCCACGAUCCGACCGAAAAGGUUCCUCAGGCUGAGGAGGAUAGGAUCAUUAUGAUUGGUGAUAUGCAUCACAUGGACGGGAGACAGGCCGUCAAGGAAUACUUGAGUCCGUCAUCCAGCUGGAGCCCAGGGAUGUCAGGCAUGGAGCCCUACCCUGACAACAUCAUCAUCAAUGGUCGCAACGUCUUCAACUGCAGUCAACCCGAAGAAGGCAACGAGGUCACUAAGCGGGAUGAAGGGGAGGGGAUGAAAUGCGCGAGUGGCACCCGCUUCAACUCGCGCAUCAAGAGCAACACUGCAGCCCGACUUCGCAUCAUCAGCCACAGCUCCAACACCCCAAUGUGGUUCACUGUCGACAACCACACGCUCGAGAUAGUCGAGAUGGACGGCGUCGAGGUCGAGCCCGUGGCCACCACCAAGAUCUUCAUCAACCCAGGCCAGCGAUACUCGGCGAUCCUGCGUGCCAACCAGACGGCCGGAAACUACCUGAUGCGUGCAAUUGCGACGUGUGCCAUGCUGGAUCCGAACCCACACUCCAACUUUGCCAGUGUAAACUCUCAGGGGACGGCCGUCCUCUCGUACGAUGAUGUCGACGCCGGUGCUGCCCCCAUCGGGGAGCAGUGGGAUCUAGGCGCAUUUGUAGCCAGUAAAGAUGUCGGGAGAGAGCCCUGGCACAACCGAUGCUCGGAUCUGCCUUUCGAUUUGACCAAGCCCAUGAGGCCCAUGGAUGCGUACGAGGUUGGAGAAAAGAACAAGCAUUACUUCAUGUUUAGAUUUGUCGAUGACGGCAAUGGCGUCCAGCGCACCUCUAUCAACGACACCAUCUUCACCCGCCUCGACAACGAGGCAACAAUCUGGCAGAUACCCAACUUUGACGAGACCUCGGCGGCGGCAUCCUCGGCAAGCUCGACCAUACCGCUCGGCGGCGUCUUCCAGCCGAGCCAGCACGUCCUCUACUCGCCCGACGAGACCAAGGGCGCCGAGAUCGCCAUCAGCGCCGGCAACAUGAUGGGCCACCCGUGGCACCUGCACGGGCAGCAGUUCCAGAUUGUGGGCUGGGGCAAGGGCGUGUUUGGCGAGUCAAAGACGACGUGGAACCUCGAGAACCCGCUCAGGAGGGACACCGUCACGGUCCCGGGCCACUCGCACGUCGUCAUCCGCUACGCGGCCGAUAACCCGGGCGUCUGGGCGCUCCAUUGCCAUAUUCAGUGGCAUGCCGAGGGUGGAAUGUUUAUGCAGACAGCCCAACGUGUCAGCGCUCUAAAGAAGCUCAUUGAUGGGAUAGGGGCGCAGGGGAACGACGAUGUUCGGCAUAAAUUCUGCAAACAGCCGGGUAAACCAUAA